AUGUCCAGCCGCCGCGCACCAUCUCCGGCCACGACGGGGGGCACGGCCGUCCCGCCCUCCGCGCUCCGGCCGCCGCGCCCGCGGUGCAACGACGUGUUCGUCCGGCUGGUCUGCGCCGAGAACCUCAUGCCGGAGCUGGCGACCAUCCGCGCCCUCCUGCCGCGGUACCCCUACGUCACCGUCUACGCGGAGCACGCCGCCGGAGGGGACGACUACGACUACGCCGACGCCGACGGCCUCGCCGCGCUGCCGCCGGGCGUGCGGGUGGAGUGCCUCCCCGCCGCGGCGCGGUACGCGCUCGCCAAGAUCGACGUCGACGCGUUCCCGCUCCUCCGGCUCGGCAUCACGCUCUGCGACGCGCACGGGCGGCUCCCCGCGCUGCGCGCCGCCCCCUGGGCCGCCGCCGCCGCCGCGUCCGUGUGGCAGGUCGGGCUGCUCCCCGGCGGCGGCGGCGGCGGCCCAGGGGCCGCGACGACCCUGCGGGCGCUCGCCUACGCCCUGCGCGCCACCGGCGUGGUCUCCGCCGAGACCCGGGGCAACGUCACCUGGGUCGCGCACGGCGGGCUCUACCACCUCGGGUUCCUCCUCAAGGCGCUCACCGGCGGCGCGCCGCUGCCGGACACCAGGGGCGAGUUCCUGGCGGCGCUGAGAGGGUACCUCGGCGGGAGGGUGUUCGACGUGAGGUACGUGGCGGCGCGGGUGCCGAGGGGCGUCACCCUCAAGGGCCCGCUCGCGUACCUGGCGGCGCUGCUCGGCGCGCCCGCCGCCGCGGCGAGGGGCCCCUGGCAGGCCGGGGAGAAGAGCCUCGCCGCGUGCCAGGUGUUCAUGCGGAUCAAGGGGCUUUACUUCGCCUGGGACGGCGUCGACGUGCACGCCGGCUGCAUCGACGGCCUGCACGCGCCGCCGCCGUGGUCGAGCUGA